CCUGCUAUAUUCCGCGUCCUUGGUGCUCGGUCACGGCAUGGUGUUGAACCCGCCAGGUCGCGCAACCGCUUGGCGAUUUGGCUUCAAAACUCCCACCAACUAUGAUGACAACGGCCUGAAUUGUGGAGGGGUAGGGACGCAGUGGAAUCGCAAUGGGGGCAAAUGCGGACUCUGCGGCGACCCAUACAACAAGCCAACCCCUCGGCGUUACGAGUACAACGGCAGAGACUAUCGCGGGGUCAUCGUCGCCAAAUACUCGUACUUCCCUGGUUCUAUCAUCCAAAUCACAACUAGACUAACCGCUUACCACAAAGGCUUUUGGGAGUUCAGACUGUGUACUGACCACACGAACAACACCCAAGAAUGCUUUGACAGGCUUCUAGAGCUCGAGAGCGGUGGAACUAAAUAUUACCCUAUGAAAGGUAGCACCACUUACACUGUGAACUAUAAGCUGCCUGCUUUGACGUGUGACCAUUGCGUGUUGCAAUGGAGAUAUGUGGCCGGGAAUAGUUGGGGGUGGUGCCCCGAUGGAACUGGGAAACUGGGGUGUGGCCCGCAAGAAGAGUUUAGGGGAUGCUCUGAUAUAGCUAUCUUGCCUUAA